UAUCAGUUUGAUAAGCUCCAUAUUUAAAUUGAUAAUAAUCAAAACCGAGCACAGAAAUUGAAAUGGAAAUGGAAAAUAUCACUUCAGAUGAUGUGAAUAUUGCAACGACCACAAUGUCUAUGAUCACAGAAUUGGUUUUUACAACUGUUCAGAAUAAUAUGUCAACAACAGAUGGUAAUAUAGAUGAAGAUCCGGACAAAGAAAAUGAAUCACAGUCAGCUGAAGUUAUGCAACUGCUCCUCAUAAUAUUGCCGUCGGUUGGUGGAGUUAUUCUGUUCUUCGUGUUUGUUUUCUGCUGUUUACGUACAAGAAAAAGAAACUUGAAGAGGCGACAGCCCUCUAUAAAAAUAGAAGAUUUUUGGAAGACUUUGGUACGCCCUCCGUCUGAUGGAAGCUUUCUACCCAGACAUUCAACAUCAUCUACAGUAAACUAUAGUUUAGCAUUAGAGCAUUUGUCUGUGAACGACAAUCUUAAAGAUGAAAUCAAAAACAUGUUAAUCGAUAAACAAAAGCUUCGUAUUGGUCAUUUGAUUGGAAAAGGCGAAUUCGGUAGCGUUCAUCUUGCGGAUUUGACAGCAAAUGGAACUACCUUACAGGUUGCAGUGAAGUCAAUCAAAGAAAAAUACAAGAUUUGUGAACUCGAGGACUUCCUUAGAGAGGGCGCGAUAUCCAGCUCUCUAAAACAUGACAACAUACUUCAAGUUAUUGGAAUUUCCAUUGAAACUUCAUCCGAUUCUGAAUACGUAAACCCUCUAGUCGUUAUGCCCUAUAUGAAACACGGUGAUCUUCGAACAUACCUAUUUAAAAAAAGGAGAGGGCGUGAAGUAAAAAACUAUUCCAUAAGUCAACUGAUUGAGUUCACGUUACAUAUCGCCAGAGGGAUGUCGUUUUUGAGUCAGAAAAAAUACAUUCAUAGAGACUUGGCUGCUAGAAACUGCAUGCUAGAUGGAGAGAGGAAUAAUUACACGGUUAAGAUUGCUGACUUUGGUCUAGCCCGGAAGAUCUACAGUUCAAAUUAUCAAAUGAAGAAACUCACUAAACUGCCUUUUAGAUGGUUGGCACCGGAAGCACUUAAGUAUUUUAAUUUCACAACGAAAACAGACGUGUGGGCAUUUGGUGUCACCAUGUGGGAGAUAUUCUCCUUUGGACAACAUCCAUACCCUGGUGUUCACAACUGUGACUUGUUACAAUACCUCUCGAAUGGUAAACGUUUGAAGAAACCGACAACUAAUAAGUGUCCGGACGAAAUGUGGCAGUUGAUAGAAGAUUGCUGGAGAAAAGCACCUCAACGAAGACCUACUUUCCAGGUUCUAGAGGACCGACUGGAGGAGAUACACAAAGCUCGGAAUUGUAAUACAUAUCUUCCAGUACGUCAUAGCUAUGUCGCUGUAGGUCUACAUGGAUCGUCUUAUGCUUAGAUGAUGAUGAGGGUGUUUAGACGUCGUGGAUCACCUCGGAACGAAGCAAAAAAAUAUUAAACCACAAGUAGGCCUGGAGAAACCAGACAUUUUUUUUGGCAAUUGUUUUUUGUUUUUACUUUUAAUUUUGUCAUAGUAUAACUAAUAAAAUUUGGAUGUUGUAAGAUUUUUUAAUUAUUAACUAUAUGUGGAUUAGAAUUCAAGUUUGUAUUAUAAAUUUCAAUUGGUUAUUGUUGUAAUUGGAAUUAGUUGAAAUAAAAUAUUGGAAUCGAGAUUCUCUGAACAUGCGAAAACCAAAGGGAAAACACUCAUUGCAGUAGGAGAACAUAUUAAAGCUAAUUAUAAAAUAACUCAGAAGAAUAUGAUAGUUAUCUACCGAGAAGUGAUAUAUUGGCCAAGGAAGAGAGUCUAUGGAAAUUCGGACCAGGCACCCCACCCUCAAAAGUGACCGUGGAUACGAGGUACCAGUAGGAGAAGGUGUUGCCACAUGAUCUGUGUAAAUACAUCAGUUGUCCUGAAGUUGCUGAGAUAGCAACGAAAGCUUGGAAAUAAAGUAAGCUAUACUUUAUUUCAAUUCCAAUUACAACAAUGCGAAUUGAAAUUAUGAACAUUAGAAUAUUACCAAAUAUUUUUGACAAUAUUACAAAUAUAUUUGUGUUUGUAUAUGAAGCACGGAAUCUAAUGCUGAUGACGUCGAUGAAGUACUUUGUGGAUGAACCUCAUUGGUUUUGUAUUGAUAUAGGCCUAAAUAUUAUCAAUCAUGUGUUUUACUGCGUUACCAGCACACACAAAAUGUUAAAAUAUUCUGUGGUGGUCAUGUGAUGUCAGAAAACAACACGACGUCGCAGCAACGUUUGUAACGAUAUUUAGUCAGUUACAUUAUGCGUAUUUAUGGUUCUACUUGAAAACGUUUUAAACACAAAACUACCACGUUAUUAUAACAUUUGUAUAAAGUACAAUUGUUAGCUAGGUUCAUUAUUUGUGCCUGAUCUUGUUCUUACAGUUUCUUUCUUCAAUUUUUCAACUUGUUAACCUGUACCAUCUGUCCAUAUUCUUUCCUUGUUCUGUAGCUGUUGCCAAAUAUUCCCUUGUGCUUAAUUUUCUGUUUCUCCACGAUAAUUGCUUGACCAUACUUUUGAGCAAUUUUCUAAUUUUACUGCACCCAGCAAUCUCUCCGUACCUUCUCGUAUAUACUCGAAUGAAUUUUUUCUUCUUCAUCUCCUCAUCUCCUCAACACAAUCGUUCACACUAUCCAGGAAAUUCAAAUAUGUCUUUUUACAUUUGUAACACUAGAUAAUGUGGUUAUAUUUGUAUAAUCAUCAUCUUCACCAUCACAGAAUCGUCAUCGUCAUCAUAAUCAUCAUCAUCAUCGUCAUUAUCAUCAUAACCAUUAUUAUGAUUAUCAUCAUCACAUCACUAUCAUACUAGUAUCAUCAUCAUUGCAUUAAAAUGAUUUCUCCAGUUUAUAUUAUAGUAUUAGACCUAGUAUUUUCAUUCAGUUAAUAUGAAACAAUAGAUUAAUACCGUUAUUUCCUUGUCUGUUGGACCUAUCUGUGACAUUAUUGUGUGUAUGGUUCGUUUGAUUGGUAUUCCUGCUUAAUGUUAGGAAAUAUACUGCAUGUGUUAAGCUAAAAACAAUAAUAUUCAAAUUUAUUGUACUGUAUUACCGCCGUUUCUAUAUAUCUGUUGCAGGACCUAAAAAAUAGUCAAUAAUCAUUUUUAAUAGAAAAAAAAAGGCGUGUCAACUAAGACUGAGUUGAUAUCUUUUAUAUUGGAAGUUUUUGAAUUACAUAUUUUGUUAAUUAAUUGUUUUAAAUGAUAAUUGAAACAUUUUCCAAAAUCUACCCCCUGCCUGACAGAGCAAAAUGACACAGAUAAGUACAAAUCGACUAAAACAUUUAUCCUGUUUAUUUCUAUAUAUAAUAAAACCCUCAAAAUACUUACAAAAACAAUAACAUAUAUAAACGUUACAAUUAUGUUGAGCAUUUUCAAAGAGAAUAGAUAACUCGCGUUCAAAUAAUAAAUUCACCCCGAGCCAACUGGCUAUAACUUUCGACGGGUUAGAAAAUGGCUUCACAGAGUAGGGCUGUUUGAACGAGGUGAUUAUUCCGAGCAUUUUCAAAAUCAUUGUUGCCGAACUAUCCCCACCC